AUGAAACUGUGCGACUUACCACGAGACCUUGUAGCAGCAAUACUACAAUUCACAGACCACACGAGUCUCCAGUAUCUUGAAGCUGUGAAUCAUCAUGUUUGGGAUAUUAUUCUUCACUAUGCUUUAUGGAAAAUUCUUGCACAACGUAUGGCAUUGAUUACGAAUCUUACCCGAACCUCAAUUGGAUGGAAACGUCUUGCUCUAUUGACCCAGCGACCAGUGUAUGAAGAGCUGACGGUACUGCGUCAAGUGCGAGUGGUAGCAGACGAUCCAAUUGCAUUUAAUGCCAUUGCUAAAAGAUUGCAGCUUGAAUGUGGUUGUGCCAGAGAGCGGCCAUGUUAUUGGAGCAGUGCAUCAACAUGGAGGUAUGUAUCAACGGAUCAUUUGGAUUAUACGCUAUGGGAAAACUGUCUUGUAAACAGUGUACAAGUCAUACCCUACCGAGUCUUUUGGUACCCUGGUAGUCCUACAUACUCGCCAAAGCGGGUAUCCUUUGCAUUCUAUGAACUAGGAGAAAAUGGGGAGAUGGACACGCUAGUAUACGAAUCCAUGAUGUAUAGUAUUGCCAAGGAUAUGAAGAUGGAGACAUUUGAGCUUCCAUGUCGAAUAUUUUUUGGCCCGAGGAGUCUUGCGAUUGAAUUUAUUUGA